CGCACCCGCCGCUCGGCGGCCCGCGCUCUGCUCCACGCGGAGGGCGGGGUGCCCGCCGCCGGCCACUCCACGUGCGGCUGCAGCGGGCGGCCGAGCGGCUGGACGGCCACCGCGGCGCGUCCGCGGGCAUAUUCUCGCGGGCACGGCAGGGCCGCCACCGCAGCGGCGCGGGCCUGCCGCUGCUGCCCGGGCAGGGGCGUGCAAGCCUACGCCAGCAGGGCCUUCCGCACGGAGUGCAGCACGUGCGGCCUGGCCAAGGGCAACCGCUUCCUCGCGGAGGUGGUGUCCAAGGAAGCCUCACGCCGUGUGCCUGCAGCGACCUCCACUUCAUAG